AACAUAAUUUGAUAGUUUUUUUUGUUGGCUUUCCGUUAAAAAUUAGCGUGACAAAACAAUUUUAUUCAACCCAAAAAAAAUCUGUCGUCAUCAUUUGUUGAAUUAUUCGGGAAGACUAAACAACGUCAUCGUCAUCAUCAUCAUUUUGUUUUCAUUUAUCUUGUCGUUGUUGUCAUUUUGUUUUUUUCACAUUAAUUAAUUAAUUAAUUAAUUGAAUAUCGUUUGGAUCACGUUCCGAAUAGACCUGAAAAUGAAAUAUUUUAUUUUAGCCAUUGUUUUGGCUAUAGUACAAACAACAACUGUCCAUGGUUCAGUUGAUGAUAUUGAACGUGAAGAUAAUGUUUUGGUUUUGACUAAAGAAAAUUUUGAUGAUGCUAUUGCUACGCCAGCUGUUCUUGUUGAAUUCUAUGCUCCAUGGUGUGUUCAUUGUAAAUCAUUGGCACCGGAAUAUGCCAAAGCAGCAACCGAAUUGGCUGCUGAAAAAUCUGAAAUUCUUUUAGCCAAAGUUGAUGCUACAAAAGAAACUGAUCUCGCUGAAAAUUAUGAUGUACGUGGUUAUCCUACAUUGAAAUUUUUCCGUAAUGGAAAACCAACCGAAUAUAAUGGUGAACGUACAGCCGAAGGUAUUAUUAAAUGGUUGAAGAAAAAGACCGGUCCACCAGCUCAAGAUCUCCAAACAGUUGAAGAUGCCGAAAAAUUUCGUGAUAGCCAAGAAGUUGUUGUCAUUGGUUAUUUUUCCGAUAAAGAUAGUGCAAAUGCAAAAAUUUAUUUAGAUGUAGCAGCUGAAAAUGAUGCCAUUCCAUUUGCAUUGAUAACGGAUAAAUCGAUUGCCGAAUCAUUAGCCAUCACUGGUGAUAAUGAACGUGUUGUAUUAUUUAAAAAAUUCGAUGAAAAUCGUAAUGAUUUUGAUGGUGAAUAUAGUGUUGAAAAUCUCAAAUUAUUUAUCGCUGCUAAUUCAUUACCAUUGGCCGUUGAAUUUAAUCAUGAUACUGCAAAGAAAAUUUUUGGUGGUGAAAUCAAAUCACAUUUACUUUUAUUCAUCAGUCAAAAAGAUAGUGAUUAUGAGAAAAAAAUUGAAACAUAUCGUUCAGCUGCCAAAGAAUAUAAGGGAAAAGUUUUAUUCGUCAUAUUGAAUUCGGAUGAUGAUGAACAUGAAAAGAUAAUGGAAUUUUUCGGCAUUCAAAAAGAACAAGUACCAUCAAUGCGUUUGAUUCGAUUGGAAGAUGAAAUGACUAAAUUUAAACCAGAAUCAAAUGAAUUUACUGAACAAUCAAUCAAAGAUUUUGUUUCAGGUGUUUUAUCUGGAAAAAUUAAGCAACAUUUACUUUCACAAGAAUUACCCGAAGAUUGGGAUAAAAAUCCAGUAAAAAUUCUUGUAUCAGAUAAUUUUGAUUCGGUUGCAUUUGAUAAAUCGAAAGAUGUUUUAGUUGAAUUUUAUGCACCAUGGUGUGGACAUUGUAAAAAUCUUGCACCAGUAUAUGAACAAUUAGGUGAAAAAUAUAAAGAUAAUUCAAAUGUUUUGAUUACGAAAAUGGAUGCUACAGCUAAUGAGCUUGAACAUACAAAAAUUGCAUCAUAUCCAACAUUUAAACUUUAUAAACGUGAUACAAAUGAGAUUGUCGAUUUUAAUGGUGAAAGAACAUUACAAGGACUUAUGGAAUUUAUUGAAUCUGGUGGUAGUAAAGGUGCUAGUCCACCACUUGAGGAAGUUGUCGAAGAAGAAGAAUUGGAUAAAGAAAAUCUCAAAGAUGAGCUAUAAGCAAAAUGAAUCGGGAUAAAAAAUCAUCAGUUUUUAAUGAAAAAUGGUGUCUUCUUUUUUUUUCAUCUUUUGUAUACAGACAUUUAUAUACUAAUGAAUAAAAUAAAAUGAUUAUGAUGGUGAAAA